UGUUGGCUUCCCCUAGUUGCAGUUGCUUAGGGAUGCUGAAGUACAACAAGAGACUAGAGAAUGUGUGGCUGUACUGUGAGCACCAAGGAUCAAAAGUCUCCCUCCAAAGGGGAACCCCAUCCUUCGGCAUCCCCUACGGCAACCUCCGUGCCUCCGAAGAUGCUGAAAAGCAUUCCGAUAUCCAAACAGCUCUCUUCUGUGAAAGCUCUGGGGAAGAGCUCAGACCUGGAGAAAGCCUUUGCUACUGCAGCUCUGAUUUAUAAUAACUCUUCUGACCCAGAUGGUAAACUCAGUAAAGCUGUUGCGAAAAACUUACUGCAGACCCAAUUUAUGAAUUUCAUCCAGGGUCAAGAAAACAAACCCAAGUACAAAGAGAUCCUUUCAGAGUUUGAGGAGCAAACAGAGAGUAAACUGGGUUUUGAAGAUUUCAUGAUCUUACUCUUAAGUGUUACCCUGAUGUCAGAUCUGCUCCAAGAAAUCUGGACACCAAAAGUCACCAAGUGAAAUGGCAUGUCAGAAUGGCUAGAGAACAUCCAGUCAGUGGCAGGUGGUGGUUAAGGGUGCUGCCACCUUGUUUUUGAGCAAUUGCAAACUUGUCAAAGAUGUAAAGCCCAUUAUAAAAACAAAAAACUCCUGAUGGGGGCAGUUUUGUUACAUAUCAGAUCCAAUCUCUCAUAUCCCCAGUGUUCCAUCACUUCUUUCUCCCUUUAAUGGUGGAAGUCUGAAAUUGACCUUUAUACCAAGUGGAUACCAUUCCAGUACUUUAUUUUAAGUUAGUCUCUCCUGGGUCAAAGGGAAACAGGACUAGAUUUGGAGUCAGAGGAGCCAAGUUCAAAUCCUUUCUCUGCCUCUUACUACCUGUGUAGCCUAAGGCCAAUCAUCUAAUCUCUCUGGAAUUUGAUUUUCUUUCCUGUAAAAUCAGAGGGCCGACCAGAAGAACUCAGAGCUCUCAGCAUGUGAGCCUUCUUUGCUAGAACGAUUAAGGGUACAACUAGAAAUAUCUCCACCUAGGCUUCACCUAAAGCCAUGGCUAUUGGUAGUACAGAAGAGAAAGCCCUUGUCACCAUAGGCUAGUAAAGGCUCUGAGUUCAGGUUCCUCAUUACUCUAUGUUCUGGUGCAGAAAUGUAUCCAAAUGAUAGCAGAAAGUAGCUGAGCCUCUGGGACAUUAAACUGUUAUCCCUAGAUUCCCUAACUUCCCAGAAGUUACAUUAAAUUCUGAUUUGUAUUAUCUUAUUAAAUGGCACUAAGAGAUUUAUAGGAUUGAUCCAGUUUCCAGCUUAGAGUCAGAGAUCAUGUCUGUAUAGCUCAAAAGAGAAAGGGGUGAAAAGAGGUUUAAAAAUCUAGUUUAUUUGACUUGUCAUUAGCAAUUCUGAAUAAUUCAGACCCAAAAUAAUUGUGAAGUUUUAUUUCCUUUAAAUCUGGACUAUCUUGACCAACUUUCUAUACAAUUUAGUUAACCAGGCAGUUACAGUGUCCCUCCCUCCACCACCACCCCCAAAAGAGAGGAAAUGACUUAUGUAAUACAGGAUAUACUUUUAUUGUGAAAACUGUCUUUUGUGAAAUUGAGUCUUUAGUUAUUAGCCUGUUUUUAUUUUAUUGCUUUUGUUGUUUAAUGAAAGCAGUGGCUCCAAAAAAUAGAAUAAAACAACAACAAACAUUUAUUAAGCAUUAUAUGUACUCCACAGACUGUGGGAUCCCAGUGCUACAAGGGGGGGGGGGGGAAUGAACAUUAAAUAAUUCUUAAUCACAAAAAUCUUGUAUUACAUAUACUGGGGGAAGGGAGAGUUAAUGGAUAUAAUAGAUACAUAGUUAAGAACCUACAAAAUAUUUCAUUCAUUCAAUAAGCUUUGGUGAAGUGCUUGCUGUAUGCAAAACACUCUUUUGUGUUGGAGGAGGGAUGCAGAGAUAAAAUGAAAAACAAUCACAAGAUUCAAGAAGCAUGCAUUCUAGCAGUACUGGCUUCCAUAGGACACAAAAAGAAAUUUGAUUGAAGAGGGAAGAAAAACUUGAUGGAAAACCUGGGUGAUGUGAGAAAUGUCAUCAGGCAAGUGUGGAGAAGGGGUAGGGAGCAGCCCAGUCCUGCAUCUCUCUAGCUUUCUAGUAACAAACUAGCAAACUGAGCUCGGGCAAUGGCCAGUGUGCCCACAAAGAGGGCUCUGAGUGCCCUCUCUGGCGUGAAUGCCAUAGGUUCACCACCACAGCCUAUAGUGUGCAACCAGAAUAGAAGUUGGAAGGGAAUUCUGAAUGGAAGAAGUAAAGAAAGAGUCCUGGAGGAUGGACUAUGCAAAGGACAGUAAUGGAAAAUGCAAGGCAAUACUCAGGAAAAAGCAAAAAAAGGCUAAUCUGGCUGGGACAUGGAAAACAUGAAGAAGAGAAAAAUUAAAAAAAAAGCAUAGGCUAAAGCCAGAUUAUGAAGGUCUCUAAAUAACAAAGUUAGAGGGUUUACAGAUUAUCCUAAAGGCAAUAGGGAGGAACUGGAAAGUCUUGAGCAAGGGAUAGACAUAGUCAAAUGGAUAGGAAGAGUAAUUUUAAUUUGGCAGUUGUGUAGAACAAAGCUGUCAAAUGCCAAAUGCCCCCAACACUUCAGAGUGCUGCAGGAACCAGAUUAAAAUGUAAUGGGAAAAUAUCUAACAGAAUAAGUAAACCACCCUAAAACAUAGAUAGCAUUAUACUUUAAAACUAAAUCAAUAUGCAGCCCAUGGGCAUCCUUAUUACAGAUUAGUGGCCCUAUUUCUAUUUAAGUUUGACAUUACUGGAGGCUAUUGUAAUCAUUUCAUAUAAUAUAUUCAUAUACAUACUUAUGGAUAUUUCAGUAUGUGUGUAUGUGCUUAAAUGCCCAUUAUCUGGGGUCUAAAUUCAGAAUUAAAAAAAAAAUUCCUUUGACCACAAAUGAGAAAAAAAAUGUGUAAAUAAUUCAGUAUAAGCCUAUCUCAGUUAUCUGAAGUAAUGUUUGACAGAUGACAAGUCAGCAUCAAAAACUUAACAUGAGAAUAUCUCCUGAAAACCUUAGAGAUCAUCUAGUCUAUCCCCCAUCAUUUUACAAAUGAGGUAACUAAUAAUAUCAUUUUUCCAAGGUCACACAGAGCUAAGAAGCUAGGUCUGUUGUCUCCCCAGGAUUUUCUACCCCCACCUCCCUCCUUGGACAUCACAGUGGUCCCUUUACAUCUUCCCUGUGUAAAAUGAGGCACACCCUCAGCCAAAGUCCAGAUGUCAAUCUGAUCAAGAAAUCUCUCUUGUAAUUGCACAUAGCCCAGCUUUCCUGCAGAUGGGCCUGGAGCAUCCUUGUAAUUGUGAGAGCUUGACAAAACCGGGACUGGUUUUACAACCCCCUAAUUUUCUUUCUUUUUUGGUCUCAAGACGGGUCUAAGUAUGAGAUCAUGAUUUGAGCUUUAAAUAGUCUUUUAAAAAGAAAUGAUGAGAAGGGGAGGGAGAAAUGAGGGCAGGGAGAAAGAGAAAGGCAGGCAGCAGCCUGUUGAUAAAGUCCCCUUCUGUGCCACUGAGCACAAGGAGGCUUUGUGAUGCCCAGAGUUUCAGUGUUGAGAAUUCUCAGUACAGUUUAAAAGAGGUUCCUAAAAUUCCACCAUUUACAGGAAGCCUGCCCCAAUCCCUAUGAAUUCCAACACUAUCCCUCUUUUAAUUAUUUUCUAUUUGUCCUGUAUAUAGCUUGCUUUGUUUUUGUUUUUGUUUUUUAAACCCUUCUUACCUUCCAUCUUAGAAUCAGUACUGUGUAUUGGUUCUAAGGUAGAAGAGUGGUAUGGACUAGGCAAUCGAGGUUGAGUGACUUGCCCAGGAUCACAUAGCUAGGAAGUAUCUGAGGCCAAAUUUGAACCCAGGACCUCCUGUCUCUUGGUCUGGCUCUCAAUCCACUGAGAUACCCAGCUGCCCCCCUACAGCUUGCUUUGUAUAUAUUUCUUUGCAGGCUACUUCUCCCAUUGGUUUGGAAGUUUCUUGAGAGCAAGGACUAUCUUUUGCCUAUUGGGUAUACCCAGAUAUUAGCACAGUGCCUGGCACAUAAUAGGUACUUAAUAAAAGUUUACUGAUUAAUUGAUUGGAUCAUUCAGACUUUGGCCAGCCAUUUAGAUUUAAUUCUUAAUUAAUUUAAUUAAAAGUUAAUUUAAGUAAGUCAUUUUUAAUUUAAUUUAUCAAUUAACCAGCAAGCAUGUAUUAGCUGCCAUCUGUUGAGCCAGCCCUGGAGAUAUAAAUAUAAAAGUAAGACAGCCUAUGCCCUCUAGGUGCUAAUGUUCUGUUUUUAUAAUUCUAAAUUUAGAAGUAGAAGGGUCCUCAGAAAGCCUGUAGUCCAACUUCCUCAUUUUAUAGACAAAGAAACUGAGCAUUAGAGAGUGUGACAGGAUCAGGAGCCUAGUGUCCUACAGGUUCUCCGAAGCCAUUCAUUCCAACUCCUCGUUUUACAAAUGAAGAAACUGAAGCCUAAGGAGUUUAGAUGAUUUACCCAGUCUAAGUCCUGUCCUGUCUUGAUACUGAAACCAGACAGGCAGAAUGUAUUAGAAUGAAAAAGAAGUAAAGAUGAGAUGCCAAGAAAGUGGGCAAUGGAUAUAAUGCUCGGCCUGGAGUCAGGAAGACACAAAUUUAAAUCCAGCUUCAGACACUUACUAGCUGUGUGACCCUGGACAAGUCACUUAAACUUCUUGGCCCCAGUUUACUCCUCUGUAAAAUGAGUUGGAAAAUGAAAUGGCAAACCACGAGAGUAUCUCUGCCAAGGAAACCCCAAAUGAGGUCACAAAGAGUCAGACAUGGCUGAAAUGACUUAAUAACAAUGACAUAGGAGACAUUUCUGUGGGCUCACUCUUCAGAGAAUGUAGAACUAGGCAUUAAGAACUCAGAUAACACCACAGUGGGAUGUAAUCCCAAUUCAACAACUUCCUAGCUCAUGGAGAGGAAUGGAGGCCUUAGGCAAGUCAUUUAUCCAUUCUAGGCCUCCAUUUUCUCCAUUAUAAGAUGAGACAAAUGGACCAGUUGGUCCAUCUCUAAUAUGCUUUUUGACUCUGAAUCUUGGAUCUCUGAUACUAAGCCAUUCAUUCCAACUCCUCGUUUUACAGAUGAAGAAACUGAAGCCUAAGGAGUUUAGAUGAUUUACCCAGUCUAAGUCCUGUCCUGUCUUGAUACUGAAACCAGACAGGCAGAAUGUAUUAGAAUGAAAAAGAAGUAAAGAUGAGAUGCCAAGAAAGUGGCAGAAACAAAUAUUCUUUCACACUCCGACAUUCUAAGGAUUAUUCUAUUAUUCUAUUCUACUAUUCUACUAUUCUACACUCUAUUAUUCUAAGGAUCCUGGAUGUUUACCUCAAUGCUCGAAGAAGCUAGAAGGAACCUUCAUGGCCAUUGAUUCCAUCUGACAAUUAAAGAUACCAAGACCCAGAGGAGUUAUUGAUUUGUCUAAAGUGACAAUAGUAAUAAACAUCAAAGGCAAAACUUGAA